AUGGGCAGUUUUCUGGGCAAAGCGGGAUCCUCACCAUCGUCCCCCACCCAGGUACACAGUGACUGGCCCGAGAUGCCCAAGAACCGCCGGCCAGCUCAGCCCCUUAACCAAGUCCAUCGAGUUCAGCACGUCCACCGUGCCCACCCUGCCCCUCGGUACAGACCUGCCAGGAGGCCACCACAUUGGGAUCCUUCCAAUCCUAGUGCGUUUGUCAAUGAAGCUUGGAGGCGCUUUCCCAUGAAGAAGUUCCAGAACUCCAUCAUGGGACCUCUUCCUUCAGAUUGGUGGGAAAGUUACCUUAAGCGGAGUAUUUGGUCUCUUCGGCACCCCAGAGCUACCUGGAGUCCAGUGACUGUGAAGAUCACCCCCCCUACGCAGAGAGGGCGCCCCUCCGCUUUCCGGGAAAAUGUGAUUGACUCUAAGAGACCCUCAGAGGAGCCAGCAGACCCUUGUGCAAAAGAGACAGUGCUGAGGGCCCUCAUGGAGUGUAAGAAAGGGAGACUGAGGCUGGAAGACCCAGCAUCCUCUGAGUGUUUGGAUAGCAAGAAGAGGAGUUCCGAGACCAGAUCAUCCGCCUUUAAACCUCUAAGGAAAAAUGCAGUCAUUUCUUUUGUGCCCAGGCCGGGGCCUCUGAAAAGGAGCCUCCAUUGGUGCAGCGCAGAUCACAGUUUGAAGAAGCGCAAUUGUUCCUCCAUAUACCGACGAGGCCCGCGCAGCACAAAAAGAAAUGCGAUUAGCAGCUCUUACAGCUCUACCACAGAUUUCUCAGUGUCUUCGAAGAGAUAUUUUCCCAGUGCAUCGUUCCGGAAAGCAGGGUGGUCAGUGGAAAAGAAAGAAAAAAGCCAAACUCCUCACUUUCCUGUCCCACUGGUAUCAGACUCAGAGUCCUCAGGAUCAUCUAGCAGUUCAGAGCAGCAAAAUCAGAAGAUUCCAUUGCUGCUACCUAGCCCUAGACACCUGCGAGGCGAGACGCUUCCCCUUCAGCUUUGUCAGGAAGUCUCUGAUAAGAACCCAUCCUUGGAGAAGGAAACUGAGCUCCAGUGGAACCAUGAAACCAGAGAGGAGACAACUGAAACCAGCACAGACUCUGCCACUAAGACCUGUCCUGAUACACACCCUUCUCUAUCUCUCAUUCAGCCAUCUUCUGAGACAGUACUGACCACGGACACAAACCCUCAGUUGGAAAUGAAGCAAGUAAAGGUGCCUCUAAGCCCACUGGCCUCCCCACAGUCAUCUCAAGAGACAAUCGGUAUGGGCCAUUCACCUUUGGAAAUACCAAGCCCGCCUGCUGGGUGCUCACCAUCAGAGCCCCUUGCAGGCACUUCUUCAGACUUAACGUCCACAGCUUCUUUUGUCCUGCUGACCCCAACCCCUUGCACAUCACCAGUCACUGGCACCACCUGGCCAACUCCUCAGGCUGACAGGUCUGCUAUACCCUCAGACCCAUCUGCCAUUGUCCCUGCUGCACCCACCACACAGAGUGCUUUGUUUGGGGAGACAAGUAUCCCAACUCCCCAUUUUCCUGAAUCUGCAUCUCCUGUUGUAACCUCUGCUCACCCUGUGUUAAAACCUAUUUUGGGGUCCUUGCACAACAGUGAGAUUGAAAGUUCUUUAUAUUCUAGAAUUUCAGUCACAGCUACAGUGUCUUCAAGUUCUUCUCUCUCCACAACCCCAGGAAUCUUAACACCAACCUUCAAGCCUAUCUUUGGCACUAUAGGGCCACUUAAAGGUAUGCCAGUGAUAGCUCCUUUCUCCUCAGGACAGUCCUCGCCUUCAUUUACUCCUACUUCUACUCAUCUCCUCCAUGGGCUGGUCAAGGCCACCUCCAUGGUCAUGUCAACCACCCCAGCCAGCACAUCCAAAGAGUAUGCUUUUAAGCCACCUUUGGAUUUUAGCAUAGUAAACCUUACGAGCAACAUGGGUAAUACUUCCUCUGACUCGUCCUCUUGCCAAACUUUGCUGCUUGGGGCUACUCAAGUCAUCAGGACUGACUUCUCCCCAACCACAGGUUUCAUUUUCCUACCAAGAGAGCAUCCUCACAUUCCUACUGUACACACAGUCACUAUCUUUAGCCAGGUUCUUCCUAGUGCCAUUCAGACACCUGCUAGCCCUGCUGAUCUUAAAGGUAUGGGAAGCCCUCUGUCAGCCUCAGCCGUAAUACCCACAAACCAGCCUGCAUUGCCACCCAGUAUCUCUAAUCUGAGUCCAGCACUCACACUUCCUGUGGGGUCAAACUCCAAGCCACUUUCCUCACAAUCUCCAGGAAUCACUCCUCAGCCUGUGUUUGGGGCCACUGAUGCACAGAAGCAAGGUCUUCCCCAGCCAGCUCUUGUGCCAGGUUUUAGUAGCUCUUUCAAUUUUACCAACUCACCAAUGGCUUCCUCAACCCCAAUGCCAGCUCCCGCUGAGUCAGUCCUCAGCAGUACCACACAGUCAGCUUGUGGAGGUCUGACACCCUCAGCCUGCACCUUGCACCCCACAGCCAGUGCCCCGCCAGGCUUUGGGAGCACUCCAGCUAGUUUUCCCUUGGGUCAAGCUAACCCAUCUGGCUUGGGAGUUGUCACCCAGAACCAACAGAGUGGGGCAGGUGGUUCUGUAUUUGGCAGCACAGCUCCUCGACCGUUUGCCUUUGGGGGAUUAGUGACCCCUAUGGAUUGUGGGGAGCCUGGGGUCAUUGUGACUGCCCCAGGCUGGAGCUCUGGCUCAGGAGCAGUGCUGAGUACUGUGACAUCCUUUGAAAAAGGUUGGAAUCAAAGCACUCAGGACCUUCCCAACCAGAGCACACCUUUUACCUUUGGGAAGGCUAACAUUUCUGCCCAAAAGACUAUGUUUGGGGAUCCCCCCAUGACUGCCUUUGCUCAGAGCCCUCCUAUCCCUGGAAUCAAGGGAGGAAACAGUUUUGGGAUGUCAUCUCCAUUUGCUCAGGGCUAUGUUGGGAGAGACCCUUCCAGAUCCUUAGCUCCUUCAUUUUCCAUUGGUACAAAACCUAAAACCCCAAGGAAUCGGGAGCAAGGGCAUUCUCGAAGACAUCAUGCCCAUAAGAAAUAG